AUGGCUCCUACAAUUUCCAUCGAGUCGACCAAUGUAACCAAGAAGGAGCAUCAAGCAAGAGCAUAUGUGACGUUUUUGGCAGGCAAUGUGAUGGGAACCAACCGGAUCGGUGAUCCAUCAGUUGUUUUGCUUCGUGUAUUUAAAGACCUUGAGGGAGUGGUGGGAUUAGCAAAGGGUUUGCGUAAGGUGAACAGUGUUUAUCCUCUUGUUGUUGCUAUGUUACCUGAUGUGCCUCAGGAACAUAGAGAGAUCUUGAGGUCUCAAGGCUGUAUACUGCGCGAGAUCGAGCCUAUUUAUCCUCCGAACGACCAGGUCUCAUAUGCAAGGGAUUAUUACAUUAUCAACUACUCGAAGCUUCGUAUUUGGAACUUUAAAGAUUACAACAAGAUGGUUUUCUUGGAUGCGGAUAUUCAAGUCUAUGACAAUAUACACGAGCUCUUUGAUUUGUCGGACGGUUACUUGCACGGCGUGAUUGGCUGUUUCUGUGAGAAAACAUGGAGUCACACGCCGCAAUACACAAUUGGGUAUUGUCAGCAGUGCCCGGAUAAGGUCAGGUGGCCGGCUGAAUUGGAAUCUCCUCCUCCUCCGUACUACAACGCUGGAAUGUUUGUGUUUGAGCCUAACUUUUCUACGUAUGAGAGCCUCCUCGAGUCUCUCAAGGUCACACCACCUUCAGCAUUUGCUGAACAAGGAUCCAAGCCAUGGAAGUUCACGGGAAAAGAAGCUCACAUGGACAGAGAAGACGUCAAAAUGUUAGUCAAGAAGUGGUGGGAUAUUUAUAAUGAUGAAUCCCUUGAUUUCAAACCAAAAAGUCUUGAAGAUGCCGAAGAAACCCUUUCGAACUAA